AGAAAGCCGGUUCACGAAGUGCGUGAGGUGCAAGAGACAAUUACGGUGCAACGGCGUUUUCUUACGCACCGGGCGUGGGAGCAUUUUUUGCACAUAUUGCCCCCCCGACCGGCAAAUACGGGAACGUACCCAUCGUGUGGUCAACGCCAACUCCGAUCCGCUGCUCGCACCGGCUUACUGCCGGACGUUUUCUGGGCCAAUAGCAACCCGUGGGGGAGGAAAAGCACGUGAAUACUACGACGAUGGGGCUUACGACGAAUCAGGUUGUUCCGAUUGCGAUCGGUGUGGUGGUGGUGGUGGUCGGUGCCGCCAUUGCAAACUAUUUGCUGAACGGUGGCAAAAAGGACAAAUCAUCACGCACGGCCCGAAGCGGUGGUACGGCAGCCAGCUCGAAGGAACCGAGAACUCUGCUCGAUCCACAGGAAAAGUAUAUGCUGCCAUUGAUCGAGAAGGAGGAAAUCUCGCACGAUACACGCCGCUUCCGGUUCGGGUUACCGAGCGAGAAGCACAUACUGGGGCUACCGGUCGGUCAGCACAUUCACCUAUCGGCCACCAUCAACGAUGAGCUGGUGAUCCGGGCCUACACACCCGUCUCGUGUGACGAUGACCACGGGUAUGUCGAUCUCGUUGUGAAGGUGUACAAGAAGAACGUACACCCCAAGUUCCCCGACGGUGGUAAGAUGUCGCAGCACCUGGAAUCGCUGAAGCUCGGCGAUCGCAUUGCAUUCCGUGGACCGUCCGGUCGGCUGCAGUACCUGGGCAAUGGGCGGUUCUCGAUCAAGAAGCUACGUAAAGAUCCGGCCCAAAUCUACGAAGCGGAGCAUGUUAGUUUGAUUGCGGGAGGAACCGGAAUCACUCCGAUGCUGCAGUUGGUUCGCGAGGUGCUGAAACAUUCCGAUACGGACAAAACGAAGCUGUCGCUCAUUUUUGCCAACCAGACGGAGGACGAUAUUUUGCUGAAACCCGAGCUGGAUGAACUGGCGGCACGGUAUCCGGAGCAGUUUAAGCUGUGGUACACGCUGGAUCGACCAAAACCGGAGUGGACCCAGGGCAAGGGUUUCGUUUCGGAUGAGAUGAUCAAGGCGCAACUCUUCCCACCGAGCCCAUCCGCGCUGGUGCUGAUGUGUGGUCCACCACCGAUGGUCAACUAUGCCUGCAUUCCCGCACUAGAAAAGCUGGGCUAUCCCAUGGAGCGCACCUUUGCCUACUGAAGACAUCCAUCAGGAAAAGGUGUUUGUUUAGUUACAGACUAAGCCCGGGGGGUCAUUAGACAUCAAACGAAACCACUCCACGUAUCGCACAAUCCAUUAUCACCGGUUUCAAUGCAGGCCCCGCAAAUCCUCCAACAGCACAGACCCGUAACACCCGAAUGCGUUACUGUGGCGCGCCUUGUAUCGAUUACAGAGAAGAAAAAGGAAACUUUCGCUUCGACGAAUCUUCGCGUAGCGUUGGCGGUGAUGGAUUAUUGGAAAAAUGGAGCCAAAUUAGAAAUUCUCAAACCCCGGUUGCACUUUUAAAGUCGCGUGGCGCUGUAGGCAUAGGUAACGUAUGAAUUCUAAAUUUCCCUGCUCUGCCCUGCCAAGCUUUACAAGAGAUCACCGUGCUACACUGUGCGUAUGCGUCCAAACUGUUUUAGAGGUCUGUUAGUAGUAGCUUGAGCUAUAGUUGUGAUGAAACGAGUGUUAUCACUUUCCUUCAAACUGCCCAGAAUGUAGCGGCUCAGUUACUGCAUGGAACAUUAUUACGAGAUUGAACUAUUAGCGUCCACGUGACGAAAAGCUGAAUGUUGUGGUUUAAUAGUGUGUCGAGAAUAUAUACUUAGAAUAUUAGUGGCAAAAUGGAAAAUAAAAGCGACGCUGUAGACACUGUGGAAAAA